GGGAUUUGCAAUGCAAACAGGCAGCCUCGGUGAGAGCAGUAUGCGUUUAGGCUUUUCCCGCGAUAGGACAUGCUCUCCUGGUGGCCAUCAUCCAAGUGCAGAGCAGUGAUGACUAGGCAUUUGAAAUAACACCAGAUUUUGGAACAUCAUUCAGUGGAUAUGCCUUCAGCUUUAAGACUGAUAAACGUCUAGAACAAAUUAGGAUUCCUUCCUGGGGUAUGAAGCAAGGUCUAAAAACCUUCAAAACCCCCACCUGCAUUUUGUUUGAUGAAGAACAGAACUUCGAGAAGUUUGGUUAUGAUGCCAUGCAAACAUACACCAUGUUGAUGAAAAAAGAAGAUGCAAAGAAACACUAUCUAUUUGAACACUUCAAAAUGGAGCUCUACAAUAAAGAAAUCCACAGAGAUGUGAUGAUUAAAGCAUCAAAUGGAAAAACGAUGAAGGCUCUAAAGGUUUUCUCUGAGAGUCUGCGAUUCCUGAAGGAUCAUGCAUUAGACCAAAUUAAAAUAAACACUGAAGGACGAAUGUUCAUUUCAUCUGAUGUGACGUGGGUGUUAACAGUUCCUGCUAUCUGGAAUGCGGCAGCAAAACAAUUCAUGAGAGAAGCAGCUGUUGAGGCAGGUCUUGUGACGGAUUCUACACCUGAAAGACUCAUCUUUGCUCUGGAACCAGAGGCUGCGUCUGUGUUCUGUAAGCAGCUAACAAGUGAUGGUUUCAUAGCAGAAGGAGAGGAUUGUGAAGACAAAUUGGAGCAGCAACCAGGAAGCCAGUACAUGGUUGUAGAUUGUGGAGGUGGUACUAUUGACAUAACGGUCCAUGAGGUGCUGCACGAUGGCAAACUGAAGGAGCUGCACGCUGCAACAGGAAAUGACAUGGGUGGACAGUCAGUAGACAAGAAUGUCAUAUAUUGUUUUAAAGACAUUUUCUCAGAGGAAAUUUUUGAGAAAUUUGAGAAAGAACACCCAAGUGAAGCACUUAAACUGAAGUAUGACAUUGCACUUAUAAAAUCUUGUGAUGAUGUUGUGAUGAUUCCAUGUCCUAGCAGCUUACAAACACUCGCUAAAGAUAAACAGAGCAUGGAAAGUUAUUUUGAGGAUGUUCAGGGAGUAGAGUGGGAUGAUGGUGGAAUAUUCAUUGAACAGGAAAAGCUAAAAAGCUUCUUUGAUAUCAGCUUCAGUGCUAUAGAAAGCACAAUUAAUCAGAUCCUUAAAACCACAGAGCUGAGGAUUGAGUACAUGUUGUUGGUGGGAGGUUAUGCCCAAUGUCCUUUUCUGAGGAAGUUCAUGAAGAAGCGAUUUGGCAGCGUUUGCAAAAUACUUUGCCCUUUUGAGCCUCAGGCAGUAAUUUUAAAGGGAGCAAUCCUGUAUGGAAAAACACCUUCCGUGGUUAAAUCCCGUAUUAGUGCUCUCACAUAUGGGUUCUGUAUAUGUAAAUUAUUUGAUAAAAUCAAACACAAGGACAAAAGCAAAUAUAGAAACACAGAAGGAAAAUUGUUCUGUGAUGUCUGCUUUGACCAGCUUGUCAGCAGAGGAGAGUCAGUUGGAUGUGAAGAAGUCCGUACUUUCAUAAGAAGCCCAGCAGAUCCACUACAAACAGAGGUAAAAAUAACAUUUUACAGCUCUGGAAGACAAAAAGUAAAGUUUGUCGAUGAAUGGGGAGUAGAAGAGAUUGGUUCUUUAUCAGUUAACAUGCCUAUCGCUUGCAUAGGCACAAAGCGACAGGUCAGGUUGGAGAUCAAAUUUGGCUCCACUGAAAUGCAGGCAACUGCUACUGAUUUAGGAUCAGGUGAAACAAGAACAACCAAACUGGACUUCAUGAGUGAACAAAUCCAUGGCCACAAUAAAAUAUGUGACUGAAUACAGUACAAAAAAACAACUUCAUAGCCUGAGUAUCACAUUUGAUCAAAUCAAAAUAUCUAAUUAGCUUUAAGUCCCCAAUAUACUUCAAAUAAAAUCAAAGAACAAACUGAAAUGAUGUCCUUUCGAACAAAAUCUGGCCAAACAAUUCUUGUUUUGAGUUCGUUUUGGCAGGUCGAAAUGGCUCACCAAAGCAAACUUUUUAGGGAACGAUAGGUUUACUUUUACUGCACGGUUUUAAUGAGAUCUGUAGUGCUACAUAAUUUUCUCCAUCAUGUCGUUGUUGAUCUUAUUUUUAAAGCUAAUUUUAAAAAGUCUGAUUUUAACUGAUUUUAUUUGUUUAUAUUAUGCAGGAACACAAUAUAUGACUUCAUACAGUAUAAUAACGGUGUUGGUAGUAGACUUUAAAUACUUUCUGAGAUAAAAGAGGUUCACGUAAACUAAUGCCGAGUUCACAAUGCAAUUUAUUAGAUGCAAUUUUUGUUGCCAACAGAUUUGUGAAAACAGCCUGAAAUCAGAGUCAAGUUGGUGCUUGUUCUUGCAAUCACGGAGUGUGCAUUAGCAAAGACGCAAUCUGAGAGAGUAUUCAACAAAAACUCAAAAUGCUGUAGUUUGUAAUAUGUUUUGAUUGAAAGUUACACAGUAGCAACUAAAUGCUACCCCAAAUUGCCGGGCAGUAUGAAAAGAAAAAAAUCUUAAAACAUUGAAAAUCAGUGUGAACUUGUCAUUAGUGAUAAAGUUCAUUAAAUAAGCACACUUGACGUUACCAAUUAUUUGUGUUGUUUGUGUAAUUUGUGUUUGAAUAUUAUUUGUAUUAUGGCUGUUUUGUUCUUGUAAAAUGUUUACAUUUAAAAAUAAUUUUAAAAAACUAUUCAAUUAAAUCUUUAUAUUGUGCAACCUGAAAUAGUCAUUCCCUUCAAACCCUUUGUUCUGAAUUUUUCCAUUUUUAUUUUAAGUUAGAUUUAUUAAUAGUACUUCUUCAUUUGUUGCCAACGGCUUCUCCGAUUAAAAAACAUGAAUUCACUUCCCGCAUGUCAGUUGUUCGGUUAUUAUGCUCCAAACUGGAUCUUCUUGCUGUCAGAACCAGGACUUGAACACGGGUCUCUAGCGCCGUAAUAAGAUACUCUCCACCAAAGUGUUGGACCCAAAAUGCGAGACACAAAAGUCAAAAAAAAAAGAAUAUCUUUUAUUUCAAGGGCAAAACAAAACAGUCCAAACAAAAACUACUCCAAAAGGCAAAUUACUUCUCUCAAGAGUAGACAGAAAAAUAUCAGGAAAUCAGAAGCCCAGGGACAAAAAUUCUAAGAAAAAGAGAUGAUUCAAGAGAACUUACACAUGAACCAAAAGGGCACCAGCAAACAAAAAUAACCAAGCACAAGUGACAAAAAGAAAGCCACUUAAAUAGGGAAGCUAACUAGACAGGGCUGGGACUAAUAAACCUAAUUAGCUGAGAGAAAGAAACACAGGAAAAUUGGCACCAUCGAGUGGCGAAAAUAAGACAUGGCAGAUUACAAAUCCUGACACUUGCAAAGGAGAUGAUAGAACAAAAGAAUACAUUCUUAAUCAUGGUGAACCUUAAAUACUAUACUUCCCAGAAGAAGUUUCUCUCAGAUCUUAUUCAUCCACCAACUCUGUUCUUGAUUUGAUCUGCCAUAGUUCGUGGGAAUGUGGUUGUUUUUUUUGGACUAGUGGCGGGAAAGGUGGUGGGUGGUUUAAUGGUAGACUCAAACUUGAACUUGACUUGUUUGAUACUUAUGACUGACCUUCAGGCCCGGCCCACUCUGGCUCCACACUAUUUAACAGCCAAUCAAAUAAUUUUUGUGCUUUUGAGCUUCCUAUGUUUUUCUUUAUCGCUUUCUUCUCACAAUGCAUGUAUUUACUCCUGCCCAUGUCCACAAAUCUGUGAAUAUUGUAUUGAAUUUUUCACACAUCAAUUUGCUUUUACUUACAAUUAGUAAUAAAAAAGAUAUAAGUAGAGGACUGCUCUCCCCUCUUGGUCACACUCUGCAGCAGACUGUGGUUUCUGUCUGACCUUGUUUGCAAAGAAUAAAACCUUUAAAGACUG